UUGGAACAAACAAAAACAAACAUUUAAAAUUUGUUAACAAAUUGCGGGGUUAAAUGCUAAACAAUUAAAGAAAAAGCCUCUCACAAUUAUAAAUUCAAAAAAAAAAAAAAAACUUUGAGGGUUUUUGAAAAAUAUAGAACGUGGGCUAAAGUCAAGCUUUACAGUCAGAUUACUAAACAAACGGAAAAUGCCAGCAAUAUAUAAAAGCAAUAUGUACAAUAGAAGGAAAGGAACAUAAGGAGAAACAAAGGGAAGCAGCUGGGUAGCAAGUAAAAGUCUUAAGAAAAAUAUAAACUAAAAGAAUUUAAAGCCAAAAAAUAGUAAAAAAUCGAGAAUAAACUAAAGGUUUCCUAAACCAACACCAUUCCCAAGGCAGAGAUUUGUAAGCCUUUUCUGGACUUCUUAUCUAAACACUAACUUUAAACGACUUGAUUUGGUCUUUGAAAGCCCAUUUCAUUUUGGGUAUUUGGUUAGUUAAUUGUAUUGAAACAUUCCUCCACAUAGUAUGGCCUCGGUCGCCGCUUGGCUGCCAUUCGCACGGGCGGCGGCCAUUGGUUGGGUGCCCAUAGCCACUCAUCCCCUGCCACCGGCACCCAUACCCAAAGAUAGACGCAAAACCGAUGAUGAGAAACUAUUAAUUAAUGUGUCCGGGCGACGUUUUGAGACCUGGCGUAAUACUCUCGAAAAAUAUCCCGAUACAUUGUUGGGCUCGAAUGAACGUGAGUUCUUUUACGAUGAGGAUUGUAAAGAAUAUUUCUUUGAUCGAGAUCCGGAUAUAUUUCGUCAUAUAUUGAAUUAUUAUCGUACGGGUAAACUACAUUAUCCCAAACAUGAAUGUCUCACUAGUUAUGAUGAGGAAUUGGCCUUUUUCGGCAUUAUGCCGGAUGUUAUAGGCGACUGUUGUUAUGAGGAUUAUCGUGAUCGUAAACGUGAAAAUGCCGAGAGACUUAUGGAUGAUAAAUUGUCCGAGAAUGGUGAUCAAAAUUUGCAACAAUUAACAAAUAUACGCCAGAAAAUGUGGCGGGCCUUUGAGAAUCCGCACACCUCAACAGCAGCAUUGGUAUUCUACUAUGUGACGGGCUUCUUUAUUGCCGUCUCGGUGAUGGCCAAUGUUGUGGAGACGGUGCCUUGUGGACAUCGACCCGGACGUGCUGGUACACUGCCCUGUGGCGAACGCUACAAAAUUGUUUUCUUCUGCUUGGAUACCGCCUGCGUUAUGAUCUUUACCGCCGAAUAUCUGCUGCGUCUAUUUGCGGCACCCGAUCGUUGCAAAUUUGUGCGCAGUGUUAUGAGUAUCAUCGAUGUGGUGGCCAUUCUGCCCUACUACAUUGGUCUGGGCAUAACAGACAACGACGAUGUGAGCGGAGCGUUUGUAACGUUGCGCGUCUUCCGCGUAUUUCGUAUCUUUAAGUUUUCACGUCACUCACAGGGUCUCAGAAUUUUGGGUUACACUCUCAAAUCGUGUGCUUCCGAAUUGGGUUUUCUGGUAUUCUCACUGGCCAUGGCAAUCAUUAUCUUUGCUACCGUCAUGUUCUAUGCUGAGAAAAAUGUCAAUGGUACCAAUUUCACAUCAAUACCAGCGGCCUUUUGGUAUACAAUUGUCACUAUGACGACACUGGGUUAUGGUGAUAUGGUACCGGAGACAAUAGCUGGCAAAAUAGUUGGUGGUGUUUGUUCAUUGAGUGGUGUCCUUGUGAUCGCCUUACCCGUACCUGUUAUUGUAUCUAACUUUAGUAGAAUUUAUCAUCAAAAUCAACGAGCUGAUAAACGAAAAGCACAAAGAGUUCUCUUACAGAAAGCCCGCUUGGCACGUAUACGCAUUGCUAAAGCGUCUUCGGGUGCUGCCUUUGUUAAUAAAAAGAAAGCUGCCGAGGCACGUUGGGCAGCCCAAGAGUCAGGAAUUGAAUUGGACGAAAAUAUACGUGACGAGGACAUUUUUGAGUUACAGCAUCAUCAUUUGCUAAGAUGUUUAGAGAAAACAACGAUGUAGCAACCAUUUGUUAUAAUUACAAAAAGCAAUGACAACAUAUGUAUUUUUUAUAAAAUUUAAAUUUUAAAGAAAAUAAUGAAAGAAAAAAAACUCUACAAACUAAAACACAAGAUAGUUAAAUAAACUACUUUUUUUUAACAAAAAGUUUAUAAUUAAAUAACGUUAUUUUUAUUAAACUAAAUAUUAUUGUUGACCAUUAGAAGCCCAGCAAUUCUACCAUAUUAGUAAAAACUAUGGCCAAAAGUGCGUAAAUAAUUUUAAAAAUUUUUUUACCAUAAUUUCUUUGUAAUUUUUGUGUGUGUAAUUUAUUUUUACAAAAUGAACAAAAAAAAUUAUUUAAUAUUAUUGUUAUCUCCUGUUUUAUUUCUCUUCUAAAACAUGUAUUUAGUUUUUAAGUUUGUUAAUAUUUUAACUUUGAUCUAAUAAUAGUAAAAAGAUAAACACCUAAAAUUAUUGUAAAAAAAAAAUUUAUAUUUAUAAUUUUAUUAUUUUUUUAAUUUUAAA